AUGUCCACCGGCUUCUCCUUCGGGACCGGGACCCUGGGCUCCGCCACUGUGGCCGCCGGCGGGACCAGCACAGCCAGUGGCUUCUCCUUCGGGAGCGGGGCGUCUAGUAACCCUUCUGUGGGACUCAAUUUUGGAACACUUGGAAGCUCAGCACCUCCCUCAACGACAUCUGCUCCUUCCGGUGGCUUUGGAACUGGACUGUUUGCAUCUAAACCUGCCACUGGCUUCACCCUAGGAGGGACGAACACAGGAAUAGCAACAACGAUCUCUACAGGAUUGACUCUGGGAGCACCAGCCACUACGUCUGCAUCUACUACAGGUUUCAGCUUAGGCUUCAACAAGCCUGCAGCGUCUGCCACACCAUUCGCUCUGCCCAUCGCCUCUACCUCAGCCAGUGGGCUCACACUCUCCACGGCUCUGACGUCAACGCCAGCAGCUUCCACAGGAUUUACUCUAAACAAUUUGGGUGGAACGACAGCCACAACCACAGCUGCAUCAACUGGCCUUUCUCUGGGGGGAGCUUUAGCUGGUCUGGGAGGGUCGCUUUUCCAGAGUACAAACACAGCAACAGCAGGACUUGGACAGAAUGCUUUAGGCUUGACUCUGGGAGCUGCUACUGCGACCUCGACUGCAGGCAAUGAAGGCCUUGGCGGCAUAGACUUUAGCAGUUCCUCAGAUAAAAAGAGUGAUAAAACAGGAACAAGACCAGAGGACAGUAAAGCACUGAAGGAUGAGCAUCUACCUCCUGUCAUCUGCCAGGACGUUGAGACUCUCCAGAAAUUUGUGAAGGAACAGAAACAGGUCCAAGAAGAAAUUAGUAGAAUGUCUUCCAAAGCCAUGCUUAAAGUGCAAGAAGACAUUAAAGCCCUAAAGCAGCUUCUCUCGCUGGCAGCCAGUGGGCUGCAGAGAAACACUCUCAACAUCGACAAGCUGAAGCUGGAGACGGCGCAGGAGUUAAAAAAUGCUGAAAUCGCUCUAAGAACUCAGAAAACACCACCUGGACUUCAACAUGAAAACACGGCUCCUGCAGACUACUUCCGAAUCCUGGUUCAGCAGUUUGAGGUUCAGCUUCAGCAGUACAGACAGCAGAUUGAAGAACUGGAAAACCAUCUGGCCACACAAGCAAAUAAUUCACACAUCACCCCUCAAGAUCUGUCUGUGACUAUGCAGAAAAUCUACCAGACGUUUGUAGCUUUAGCUGCACAACUUCAGUCCAUUCAUGAGAAUGUCAAGGUGCUCAAGGAGCAGUACCUUGGCUACAGGAAAAUGUUCUUGGGUGAUGCUGUUGAUGUGUUUGAAGCCAGGAGAGCAGAAGCCAAGAAGUGGCAGAACACACCCAGAGUGACCACGGGACCCACCCCCUUCCGCAGCAUGCCCAACGCAACGGCCGUUGCCAUGGCUGCUGCCCUCACGCAGCAGCAACAGCCCGUGACAGGGCCACAGCCAUCUCUGGGAGUUAGUUUUGGAACGCCUUUCGGCUCAGGUAUUGGCUUGCAACCAAGUGGCUUAGGUUCUUCAAACCUUGGAGGAUUUGGAACUAGCUCUGGUUUUGGAAGCCACACUACAGGGACCUCCACAUUUGGAUUUGGAACAACAAAUAAACCCUCAGGAAGUCUUAGUGCAGGCUUUGGCAGUUCAAGUACAUCUGGUUUUAACUUCAGCAACCCUGGCAUCACGGCGUCUGCUGGCUUGACGUUUGGGGUGUCCAAUCCUGCCACUGCAGGUUUUGGAACCGGAGGACAGCUCCUUCAGUUGAAGAAACCUCCAGCUGGAAACAAACGAGGAAAAAGAUAA